AUGGUCAAGACUACCUACGCCCUUACGCUUUUUGCGGCUGUCAGCUUGGCAGCUCCUGUUUCUCAGAUCACUGGCCGUGCCGAGAAGCAGGGCUCAGUUGAGCACAAGAACCUCGUCGAGGAGAUUCCCAUCCUUGGACCUAUGCUCGGAGGGGAUGCGAAGCGCGAUGAGUCUCAACCUCAGCACCACAACGUCAUCGAUGAGCUUCCGAUUAUUGGAAAGAUCCUUGGCAACGACAAGCAGAACCAGCGCCGAGAUAUCUCAAAAGAGGGUAUUAGUGGCUUGCCCAUCGUUGGAGGCCUGUUUGGCAAGCAUACGCACUCUGGCGGAGAAAAUGGCAUGAACAAGCGUCAGAGCUUCGGUCAGAACUAUGGCCAGAACGCCGGUCAAAAUGAGGGUCAGAACGAGGGUCAGAAUUAUGGCCAGAAUGCUGGCCAGAACCAGGGCCAAAACCAGGGCCAGAACCAGGGCCAGAACCAGGAUCAAAAUGAGGGCCAGAACAACGGCCAAAACGCCAGCCAGAACGGAGGCAAAGACUGGAGGCGUGACCUGGGAAGCAGCCUCAGGGGCAUUCCCAUAGUCGGAGGCCUCCUUGGAAAGGACCAGGAUAAACCCUCUCAUAAGCAGAUCGAAACUCCUGCGAAGCACAUCGAUACCCGCCAGGCGGGCCAUGCUAAGGGUGUCUUCGGUGUCCUGCAGUCUUUGACUAGCGGAAAUCCCAUUCACAAGAGCCACAAACGCGCCGAAGAGGUCGAGCAACUGGAACCGAUCGGCCGCGCUCUUGAAGGAGCCGUUGCGUCUGGUAUGGAACCUGAGUCUUCUGCCACGCUGAUGCGCCGUGAUGAGCCCGCUGCCCCCAAGGCCAACAAUGGCCAGCAGGGCAACCCUCCGGGAUCCAAGAACCCGGAGGGCAAGAGCUCUGGCGGCCUCCUCGGUGAAUUAAUGGGCAAGAAUGGCCUCGGUGCUAUUAAGGGCAACUCCCACCACGGCAUUGGCCUCUUCCCAAUGCGCCGCGACGAGAAGCACCUCGAGACACGGCAAGCCCCCAUCCAGGGCUCCACCCUUACCGGUGUUCUUCUCGAGGGUGGUGCUUUGGGAAAGGUCACGAAGUUCCUUUCUGGAGGUGCUAUGUCUAAGCCCGGUGCCAAUUCCCCCUCUAAGAUCGGUGAUGGUUCUUCUGCGGCUCCUCCCGACCCUGCGUCUGGUGCUGGUCCUCACUCUGGGCCCGGCCUUGCUGCUCAGCAGCAAAAGGGCUCUGGUGCUGCUUCUGAGUAA